AUGGCCAUGUACCAAGCUAUGCGGCGCGGCGGCGCUCCACGGCGGUUCGACGAGUACUUCCGCUGCUAUCCCAUCGUCAUGCUGCCUGGUCCGGAGCGCGAAGAAGCAAACCACGGCGGCAAAGUGUUCCUUCCUCCCAGCGCCCUCGACAAGCUCACCCGGCUGCACAUCACAUAUCCCAUGCUCUUUGAGCUGAUCAACGGCAAAGAGGAUGGCAAGACAACACAUGCGGGUGUACUGGAGUUCAUUGCGGAAGAGGGCAAGAUCUAUCUUCCAUACUGGCCACCGUCCACUGACGCCUCCCAGCUCAUGCAGACACUGAAACUGGAGCCUGGCGAUCUGCUCCAGGUCAAGUCCACGAACCUUCCUCUCGGCACAUUCAUCAAGCUACAGCCGCAAGAUCCGUCGUUCCUCGAAAUCUCCGAUCCCAAAGCAGUUCUCGAGAACGCGUUCCGAAACUUCUCCUGUCUUACCCAGGGCGACAUCUUCACAUUUGCGUACAAUGAUGACGUCUUCAGCAUAGCAGUCCUAGAGACGAAACCCGAGCAUGCCAGCAAAGCCAUCUGCACUUUGGAGACUGACUUGUCGGUUGACUUCGCCCCACCCAUCGGCUACCAGGAGCCACAGAGGACGAGUGGCACGAGUACACCGCGGAGCGGCAAGGGUGUCAUGGCUGGAAAGGGCGGUACACUCCAUUCUCAGGGGACCAUGGCACAAUCUAUCAACUACGCCGCCAUCGCACCAUCAUCGACCACUGCUGCCGCUGGAGCCCAGGCCACAUCCUACAACUUCCUCACCACUGGCCACAAGCUUGCCAAGAAGGGUAGCAAAGCUCCAACUCCGCAGGCUUCCACUCCCAUUACCGGACAGUCAUCAAACCCGCCACCCACAGUGCGUCGCACCAACGGUCCGCAGCCCCUCCGACUAGCUCCUGGAAAGCUGUUCUUCGGCUACGAGAUCAAGCCCCUCAAGGGCAAAGAGGAGGAAGGCGAACAGAAGGAGUCGAAACACUUUGAAGGUGCUGGCCAGACGCUGCGCAAGAAGAAGGGUGAUAAAUAG